GGCCACGCGCAGCUGCAGCAGUGCGCGUGCACGCUACUCGUUUGAUUCGCAGCGAAAAGAGGCGGAGGAAGCUCCGCAGUGCGCGACUUGGGAAAAAAAAAACGCCGCGCGAACGCACCGCACGCAUCGCUCCAGGCCGCGCGCUUCACCACGUCCCGCGGAUCGGUGCUUCAGUAGCGGCUACGAUUCGUGCUCUGUCCCGGUUCGAGCCGAGUCCCCGCGGGGAGGACCAGAGGAGGACCAGAGGAACUCCGAGGCGCCGCGGAGAGGCGAGCCGCACAGGGAGUGCUGCGCUCCGGCUGCCAUUCCAGGAUUCCCCGGAAGCAGCUGCUGCGGCACCGGAGCUCUGGAGGAGGCAAACCGAAACGACCACGGAAAAAAACGAGGAGAAGAGGACACGAGGAAGGAGACGGAGACAAGGCCCGAGCCCACGGGCCCGAGCCCGCACCUGCACACACCUGCCCACGCGCGGCCCGAGCACAUUCACCAUGUAGCCGCCACCGCAGAGCUCCAACCGAACCCCGAGUCCAACCUGCGGGCCGCGGGCCGAGGAGAGUCCCAGCGCAAAACUCUGCAGGAGAGUUCCAGAGUUUGUGUAAGAUCUUGGUCCAGUCCCUGGUCUCGUCUCUGUUCCUAGUCUGCUCUCUGGUCCUGGUUUAGUCCUUGGUCCAGUCCUGGUCCCUGGCCCAGUCCCUGGUCCAGGAUGCCGGCCGGGAUGAAGCCUUUGGAGAAGUUCCUGAAGAAGCAGGGCACGGCGCUGACACGGCAUGGCGCCGGGCUGGGAUUGGUGGAGAAGAGUGGGUCGGGCGCCGCUGCUUUGGGAGUGGGCGGUUCUAAGCGACGAGCCAGCCUAUCACGAGUUGUGCCCUUUUUCAGAGAGACGUCCCCCGACAGCAGCCAGCAGAGGGAGCUUUUCAGUCCAGACACCGAGGACCCACCCUCCUGGCCAUCUGUAGCCCCGUCCCCCAGUGCAAAUGGCCCCACCCCUAGCCCCGCUAGCCCCGCCCCUCCUCCGGAUGUGCGUAGCCCUUCUCUCUCCAGCGACGAGCAGAGUUCAGAGGAGCCAAUCAGCAGCAGCAGCGACCGCCCAGGCCCCGCCCUCCAGAUGGACACGCCCAUCAACCUGACACUAGCUGUGCUUGACCACGUGACCCGCCAACGUCAUGCCCCUGCCACAGAGACUUUGGUGGAUGACUUCAUGCUCACUCAUCCGAUCUUUCUGACGUCGGACAGGUUCCAGCAGCUCCUCCUGCAGCAGUACCGUCUCUGUGACUCGGAGCGCUCUCUGGAGGAGGAGGAAGAGGAGGAGGCAUUGGUGAUGAAGAAACGCUCCGUCCUCAGCGUCAUUUUUAGAUACUUGGACACGUACCGCGAGCUGCUGCAGGAAGAGGGCGACAGAGGCCACGGCUUCCCCAAGGAGUUGUACUUAAGUGCAGUGCAGGACCUGAGUCGUUUUCCUGAACUGGUGGAGGACGUUCUCAAACUCCAGAGAUGGACCGAGAUCCUGCACAACCCAUGUGAGGAAGAAAAGGAGAGCCGGAAGCGACAGGUGCGCCCUCUCUUCCGACACUUCAGACGGAUCGAUGCCUGUUUGCAGCCGCGAGAGGCGUUCAGGGGCUCCGACGAGAUCUUUUGCAGGGUCUACACCCCGGACCACUCGUACGUCACCAUUCGCAGCAGACUGUCGUGUAAAGUGGGCGAGAUCUUGGCUCUGGUCCGAGAGAAGCUCCAAUACAGCGAAGACCAACCUGUGCUACCGGGACAUCUGGUGCUGGUGGCCGUGUCCUCCGCCGGGGAGAAGAUGGUGUUUCGUCCCACAGACGAGGCCGUCUUUACCACGUUGGGAGUCAACACUCACCUGUUCACCUGCGAACCCAGCGAGCUUGACACACUUAUGCCCCUCCCUGAGGAGAUCCACUGGAGUCCUGGAGACAGUAAACUCCACGACAUGUCUGCGGAGGAGGUGUCCAACCAACUGGUGACCUUCGACUGGGAACUGUUCACCUGCGUGCAUGAGGUGGAGUUCGUGUGCUAUGUGUUUCACGGGGAGCAGUCUCGGUGGCGCCCCCUAAACCUGGAGCUGGUACUGCAGCGCUGCAGUGAGGUCCAGUCCUGGGUCUGUACUGAGGUCCUCCAGUGUCAGAGUCUGCCCAAGAGAGUCCAGCUACUGAGGAAGUUUAUCAAGAUCGCCGCACUGUGUAAGCAGCAGCAGGACCUGCUCUCCUUCCUCGCUGUGGUUCUGGGUCUGGACAAUCCAGCUCUGAGCCGCCUGCGCCUCACCUGGGAGGGUUUACCAGGAAAAUUCCGAAAACAGUUCCAGCAAUUUGAGAGUCUCGCGGACCCAUCUCGUAACCAUAAGUCGUACAGAGACCUGCUUCAGACCCUUAGACCUCCGCUGAUCCCCUUCACUCCUCUGCUGCUCAAAGACCUUACCUUCCUCCAUGAGAGCUGCAAGACCUUCCACGGAGACCUGGUCAACUUUGAGAAGAUGCACAAAGUGGCGGAGAUGGUGCGGACGAUCCGACGCUAUAGGAGCUCACAGCUGCCCGUGGACACAGAGACGUCUCCAUCCCACCUCCAGACCAAGGCCUACGUCCGACAGCUGCAGGUCAUCGACAAUCAGAACCUGCUGUUCGACAUGUCCUGCAAACUGGAGCCCAAAGACAGCUAGAAAUAUAACCCACAACACCAUGAGGCUCAAAGGCAGGCAGGAAUAAAAUCCACAACCCCAUGAGGCCCAACGGCACACAGGAAUCUAAACUACAACCCCAUGAGGCCCAACGGCACACAGGAAUCUAAACUACAACCCCAUGAGGCCCAACGGCACACAGGAAUCUAAACUACAACCCCAUGAGGUUCAAAGGCAUGAAGGAAGAUGACUCACAACCUGCUGUUCGACAUGUCCUGCAAACUGGAGCCCAAGAACAUCUAGGAAUAGAACCCACAAUCCCAUGAGGCCCCACGGCACACAGGAAUACAGCCCAAUAAAUAAAUACAUUAAAUAUUAAAUUAUGACAGAAUAUUUAAGCCUGUGAUAAUGAGCCAGUGAUACCAGAGCUCCAAGGACUAUUCAAGAAGGAGACCAGGACUAAACCAGGAAUAAACCAGGACUAAAGGACUAGACCUGGUUUAAACCAUGACUAAACAGGACUAAACCAGGACCAUACCACCCAAAGGGCCGAUCUGGUACCAGAGCGUGUGGAGAACUGUUCUCGCAAGACAUGAAACUGGUCAUUGCCAGAAGUCUCUGGAAUAUUUGAAAACCUCUGAUGAAGACCUCGGAUCGGCCUCGGACUGUUCCUUAGACCAGCCUCGGACUGUUCCUCGGACCCUUAAACUGAGGCUGAACUCUUCGGGAAGAACGGCGGCCAUUUUGAGCUUGAGCACAAAAUGGCCGCCGCUGGAUUUGCCGUUGAACUUUGUACUUUUCCUUUGGGAUUCUCUUGCAGGUUGAAGUGCAGAUAUUUAACGUGAGGGGAUUUUGUAAAGUGUUUAAAAUAAACCAGAGAAUAUUUUGUGAUGAAACUCGGACGCUGCUAAAGCUAACUUAUAUUCAGAUAUUUCACUUGUUUCAGCCCGACGUGGCGUCUGUACAAAAGUUCACAGUAAAACACGGGUACGAUGGUGUUUCCAGGGACGUGAUUGGACAGGACUCUUUAAGGCAACCAAUCAGAAAGCAGACACUACACAAGAGCCAAUGAGACGCACUCCUGCGAUGUCAUUGGUCAGAUUGAGAGGAGAAAACCUUUACCUCAGUGACGAGGCCCCGCCCCCAAAUCAAGCCUCACUUAUGCAUUAUUUGGAUUUCAUUUAUUUGUGACCAAAACAAAGGACCUCAUCACACAGUGCUACAGUGCGGCCGUCAUUCCCCUGUGUGAGUCACUUAACGGAUUUGCGUCAUUCAUGCUAGUCCUUUGCCUGACAUUAUUUUCAUUAUUUUAUUCUUCAGAAAUAGUUCAAAUGUUUUCAGUUAAACCUUAGUUCUUUUAAGUUAAAAAGAGUUUAGAGAAAGUUUCAUAAGGUUUAUUUUUAGAAAAACUGCCAAAUACAGUGCCAAAUUUGCUUCUGACUCAAAUUGGGGAAUAACAUGGUUAACUGCGGCUGACCACAGCUAAGCACAGUUAAGCACGGCUAACUGGGGCUAAGCACGGCUAAGCACGGCUAACCGUGGCUAACUGGCGUCUCGUCACUGCAGGAAGUGACCUCAUACAGACAGGAACGGAGGCCUUUUUUUUUUUUGUCGGUGAAGAAGCACUUUCGGAGCAGCUCAGGGCUCAAGACACCGUGACACAGGAGCGCCCCCUGCCUUUGCAUCACGAGAAGUCUGGUUAGAGUCCCGGAUUUUACCCUCAUAACAAGAGGAAUUUGCUUAGCGUCUGGGUCUAGUUCUGGUCUACGUCCGGACUCUUAGUCCGGGUCCAAUCCAGAUCUAGUUCAGUUCUAUGUCUGGAGUCUGCCCUCACAACAGGAGUCUGGUUAUAGUCUGGGUUAAAUCCAGGUCCAGUCUAGGUCUAUGUCCAGAUUCCAGUUUCCUUUACAGCAUGAGGAGUCCUAUGUCCAGACUCUGCUGGGCUCUUAUUGUGAAAGGCAGAGGGCGCUUCCUGUGGCGUUUGUUUACCACUUUUCGCUCAGAUCAGAUCAUGGAUUACAGAUUAUAGAUUAUAGAUCAGAUUAUUAUGUAGGGAGCAGUGUUUGUACAGGUUUCUUCUUCAUAUUUCAGACAUAUAUCGAUGUUUUUUUCGAUGUUUUUUCUGCGUUUUGCUUCAGUUUGGAUCGUGCUGCGGUCACAUUUAUUUUCAGAUUUAGAUUUUGUGUUUUUCUGAAACAGUCGAACAAAGCCACAAUUGUGACUUCACUACAGUAUGAAAAGUACCAAAAUGUUGCUGCUGCUACUACUACUAAAAGUACUACUACUGCUACUAUUACUACUACUGCUACUACUACAACCACUGCUACUACUGCUAAAGCUACUACUACUACUGCUAGUGCUACUAUUUCUACUACUUCUUUGACCCUGUGUACUUUGACGCAGAUCUCUUGUUUGAUAUUGAUAUUUUGAGUUUGUGGUUGAAUUCCUGGUGAGUUUUGUUUUUGUAAAAUCUUGUACAGUUUAAGGAGGUGGCUCAGGUCGUUUCUUGAUUUACAGUAUUUAAAAGUAUUUAAAAGUAUUUGUACGAACAUUUGGACAAUAAUCCAGCAAUAACACAAGCUCGUCAUCGUCAUUGCACGUCACAUGUGUUGAAAUGAGCCUUUCCCUGUGUAUAUACCAGCGCUCGUCAUCACCAUUCCACGUCACGCGUGUUGAAACGAGCCUCGCCCUGUGUAUAUACCAGCGCUUUUACUUUGGCGAGUCAUGAACUGUACAGUGGGAUGUCAUUCUCUUAUUUUGAAACUUAAAUCAUUGUUUUUGGAAAUAUUUUGUACAGAAAUAAUUGUGGGUUUACGUGAACAAAUGCUGGCCUGUGAUUGGAGGACAGGUCUGGUAAGGCGGGGCUUAAACAGGAUGUGGUGAUGAUGUCACUGACUCAAUAAAACCUCUGGAACGUCU